AUGGCGACAAUCACGAUCCAACCUGGGGACUUGGCUGACCCCAAAGAUCUGCCCUUUUCGUCAUCAGGCUCUGAACCCCGAUCCUCGUUUGAACCAGCUGCAAGUGAGAAGCCCGGCGACGAAGAAGCUUUACUCCCACCGAGCCCGCCGAGUCAACAAGAAGAUCAGCAUCCACCCAGCGCUAGCCGGGCCAAAUUGCUUUUAUGGAUGCUGGCAAACGCCCUCGCUACCAUUGGUAUUGUAUGUACAGUAGGGAACCGUAUUGUUCUAACACCGCAAUUGAUCGCAGAGCAACUCAUUUCUAAUCGGGAUCCCAGGUCUUCACCAACAAAUCCCUCUUCACGUCAACCCUCUUCAAACACGCCCAACUAA